CUACAUCAUUUGUUCACGAUCGAUCCACUCGCCUUCACUCAACCAAGGAUUGCCAUCAUUAUCAACAUGCCUAUGCCCGACGAACAUAUCCAUCCCACUGCCACAGGCCUUGCCAAGAAGGUCGUGGACGCUCAUCAAGAUCCCCAAGAUUUGGUAUUCUGGAGCGGAUGGUUCUGCCCCUUUAAUCAGCGUAUCUGGAUCGCCCUUGAGGAACGAAAAAUACCUUACCAAUACCAUGAAGUAAACCCAUACAAGAAGGAAGAGGCAUUCCUCAAGCUUAAUCCUCUAGGGCUUGUGCCGACAGUCGAGAUCAAGACUGCCGAAGGUAGCAAAUCGCUUUACGAGAGUGAUGUCCUGGUCGAGUUCUUGGAGGAUCUUUAUCCUCCUAGCGAGGAGCAUCCGUCCAUUUUCCCUUCUGAUCCAUACGAAAAGUCUUGGGUUAGACUCAACAUCCAACAUGUCUCCAAAAAAAUCAUCCCCAAUUACUUUAAACUCCAACAGUCCCAAACCGAAUCAGACCAAGUUGCUGCCCGCAAAGAACUCAUCUCCGCUCUUCGCACAUACGCCAAACGCAUCAAGGGUCCUUAUUUUGCAGGCGAACAAUGGACAGCCGUCGACGGGACAUUGGCGCCGUUUAUAAGGAGGUUGUAUAUUCUUGAAAAACAUAGGAAUUUUGAUGAGAAGGCGGUUGGGGACGGGUGGUGGGAGUAUAGAGAGAGAUUGAUGACUCGCGAUUCGCUUAAGAAUACUUGUUCAGAGGAUCAGUAUUACGAGGAAAUCUUGGGAAGAUACCUCAAAAAUGAAGCUCAAUCAGAAGUCGCUAAAGCUACUCGUGCUGGCCAGAGUCUUCCCUAAGAUCUUUACACUCGAUCAACAAGGGAAAUUGGACGUCGUCCUGGAAUUUAUAUUUGACAUCGAUUUGAGAGAUGUAUAUGCAUUAAUGCGAUUGGCGCAAAAUGAAUAGAGUUGUGAGUCGUGUCGUAUCACCCAUCACUAAAUACUCCCACCAAAGGCCAUGCCCAAAAGCAUCGUGCCCAAGAAAGUCGAUAUUUUCCCCAACACUUGCCAAGAACCAGAGCCAGAGCAAACAUCAAGCAAGGCCGAACCUAAAGAAACUAAAGCUGGACCGGGACAUAUCCCCACCAACCCCCAACCGACACCGAAAAUGGCAGCACCCACUACGAGCUUUGAAUCAAUAUCUUCUCGCGUGGGGACUUGCCAGCUUUCCCAACUGAACCUUGGCUUUGGCUUUGGCUGCCCGUCGCCCGGCCUCUUGUUCUCGUUGAUAAUGAAGGCAUAGUGCAGCAUAUUGGGAAGAACGCCGCCGAGAACAACCAAGAGUAAAGAUGGGUCCCAGCAUUGUGGAUGGGGGAAUCUGAGGAAAGCCGACACUUUUGAAGGAUCAGUCAUACCAGACAGCGACAGACCAACAGAAAAGAUCAGACUUGAAACAAAGUAUGGUAAAAGGCGUGCGGUUUUGGGUACCGAACUCAUGCGGGUUAAGGUGGUGCUUGUCGCUCGCUGGACAAGUCGGGCGACCAGAGGUACGCAGAUUAGAACAACAGUAGUUGAAAGAGAGGGUAGUUCGAUAGAGUACGCGGGAGUUGAAGGGGUAGGAUACUGGGGGAAGAUAUUGCUGGUGAUGACUGCAGUGGCGAAAAAUGUUAUAGUUGCUACGAUUGACCGUACAGAUAGUCUUGAGACACCACAGAGCAUAUGUCCACUGGUACAACCAGAACCGAG